UCUGUUUUCAAUAUUUUCGACGGAAAGUUUUCCCUCUCUUUAGUGAUGAUUGGUUGAACAUAUAGUGACAAAAUGGCAGAAAAUUAUACUGCUAGGACAUUGACGGUUCUAGUGGUUCUGAUGGUAGCUUCGGCGUACGCUACCAGCUAUAAGGUGCACUUCCAUGCGUCGAAUACACUGGUGACGAUUACCCCCGAAAGUCGGUCGCUGACGGUGGAACGGGAUGGAAAAGUUGUUCAGAAUGUCCUCAUGGAUCGUGAUGUGCAAUCGGUUAGCGAAUUUGAAGAAACUGUGAGUGGAUUCAUGUUACGCAACAAUCGUGGAGAGGAAAUUGAAAUCCUGAAGGAUGUAGAUCAACCGCAUUUUUCCCUAUUUACCAUCGCCAGAAGAGUACGACAUGCUCGGAAGAAGGUCGCGGACUGUGUCAAAAUACGAGGCGCGAACUGGUUCGGGGGGCCAGAACAGAAAAACCAAUACUGGCCAAUUCAGAAGCUUCGCCUACGGGAUUACUCCUACCUGUCCAAGCAGAUCGACAGCUGCUCCGUAGCCGAACGCUAUUGGUUGAACUCGCAUGGUUCGUUUGUCUACGUAGACGAGGAAACUCCACUGUUCGUGGAUCAAAACCAUCGAAAACCGGGCUAUAUGUGUUUGGAAGCGAAGAAGUCCCUACCGUACGAUACCUAUGACGAAACGUACUCGUUCGUGUACCAAGUCGGAGUUGGCAACGAUGCCAGAGAGGCACACAUCGAUGCAGUUAAUACCAUUUUGGGUAAACCUUCGGGCCAUCCAGCGGAAGAGAUGGUCAAGUAUCCGAUUUGGUCUACCUGGGCCCGUUUCAAGAGAGAUAUCAACGAGACUGUCGUCUUGGGGCACGCUGAUGACAUCAUCGCAAAUGGCUGGACAGACUCGCAGUUUGAAAUAGACGACCUCUGGGAGACAUGCUACGGAUCACUGACAUUCAACACGACAAAAUUCCCGAACAUCAAACAAACAGUCGCCGACAUCAAAGCUAAAGGUUUCCCCAGGGUCACACUCUGGAUUCACCCGUUCAUCAACAAGGUAUGCGAGCCAUUUUACUCAGAAGCAAAGCAGAAAGGAUAUUUGAUUACCGAUAACAACGGCAGCACCGAUACGUGGUGGUGGAACAGUGGACUAAAUGAAGCUGCAUCCGUAGAUUUUACAAACCCGGAAGCAGCGGAAUGGUUCUCUCGACGACUGCGUCUAAUUCAGGAGCAGUCCGGAAUUGACAGUUUCAAAUUCGACGCUGGUGAAACCGACUGGAUACCAACAGAUCCUGUUCUCAACGGACCUCGCUCCAAACAUCCAACUCUGUUCACCAUCGACUAUCUACGAACUGUGGCCAAGUUCGGUGACUUGAUCGAGAUUCGUUCAGCUCACCGUACUCAGGAUCUUCCUGUAUUCGUCCGUAUGAUUGAUAAGGAUACCGAAUGGCAUGGUAACAAUGGCUUGCCAACGUUGAUCACUACUCUGCUGCAGAUGAACAUGGUAGGUUAUCCCUUAGUUCUACCUGAUAUGAUCGGAGGCAACGGAUACGAUCCUGGCGUAGCCGAUGGUAAUAAUCCACCGAGCAAGGAGAUGUUCAUCCGUUGGCUUCAGGCCAACGUGUUCAUGCCGAGUAUUCAGUUUUCGUAUGUUCCGUUCGGAUACGACGAGGAAACGGUUCACAUAUCGAAGAAGAUGACCGACCUGCACGAGAAGUACACCCCGUUGAUUAUGGAGCGUUUCAGGCUGGCUGUUUCCAACGGUUAUCCAGUCAAUCCACCCAUAUGGUGGGUAUCCCCGGAUGACACGGUAGCUCAGGCGGUCGAUGAUCAAUUCCUCCUGGGUGAUGAUGUGAUUGCGGCACCGGUUAUCAAGGAAAAUGCUCGUUCCAGGGAUAUUUACCUUCCGGAAGGAGAAUGGGUCGACGGAAACCUGGACGAUCUCCAUGUUGGGCCGAUGUGGCUUCGGGAUUAUGAGGUUCCACUGAGCAUGCUGCCAUAUUUUGUAAGGAAGGCUAUGUACCAGAGUAUGCAAUAAAUCAGACAGCGAACAAACGAU